AUGCUCAGCCUUGCCAACCUAGGAUCGCUUCCUGUGUCGGCACUCAACACCUGCACUCAUUAUCUCUCCCUUAAUAACGUACUUACAUUACGUCCUGAGUCUUAUCUUCCUUCUGGACACUGGAUAGAAGACCCACCCGCGCAUCCGAAGGCUGAGCUCAGAUACCUCAGCGUUCGUACCGAGUCCACUGCCAACACCAAUGCCACAUGGAGUGUCAUGCUAACACAUGCGGAUAAAAUCAAGGUUAUAAAAUGGCGUUGCUGGGAAGACACUCAAAUUGUCAAUGGCAUGAGUUUUCCAGGAAACAUUGACCUGGGCAGGCUUAAUGCGUUGAAGAAGUUUUCCGUUCGCAUGUCUUUUGGGAAAGUGGGACGAGACCUGCUAGGCUUUGUGCAAGCACUCGAAUCAAUUACACGGCCAAGGAACAAGGAUAAACUCAGUGACGGAAUUCAGGAACCAGAUGAGGAACACUCUAUUUCCUUUGCUAAACUUGUCUUCAUUGCAUUUCAAGUUUAA